UAUUACUUCGUGCUUGAAUUAAGUGCAACCAAAGUGUACACAGAUUGCAGGUUGUUGUAGAUGCACCUUGAAUGUUCGACUUUAUUCUAGACUAACCUAGACUAUUCAUGAAUGUCUACAUUGAAUUUGAUUGAAUUUUGUUAUCUUUUUAGUGGUGCAUUUAUAAGAUUUACAUUUGGACUUCAUUUUUAACGUCAACAAAAGAAUUAAAUAACCAUAUAAAAUGACAACAACAACAACAGGAUUUACGUUAGGAACUGCCACUCAAUCAUCAGUGUCAGGCUUCUCUCUUGGGAAAACUCCAUCAUUAACCACUCAAACAACUCCAGUUGUGGGAACCCUUCAAGCUUCUACGGGUUCUACUUCAACCCCUGUGACCACAGGAUUCAGUUUGACUAGCGGAACUCCAGCAACUAGAACAGGAUUCACAUUAGGCAGCACACCUCAAACAACAUUAAGUGGGUUAACCUUUGGAACUACGACACCUGCAGCUGGAUUUUCCUUAGGUGGAACAUCUACACCUGCAACUGGAUUUAAUCUCGGCACAAGUGCACCUGCCACUAAUACAACAGGAUUCAAUCUUGGAGGCACAACAUCGACCGCAGGAACUGGAUUUCUUCUUCCCGGAACGACGACCACUUCCGCCAGUACGGGAUUCAAUCUUAAUGGAGCAACAACAUCUUCAUCUGGAUUUACUUUAGACGCUACCGCCUCAACAGCUACUACGGGAUUUAGUAUUAGCAAAAUUACCACAGCCACCACAUCUAUUGCCAGUAUAGUGCCACAAACUACUUUAGGAACUAACACCACCGUGAGUACAUCAGCUAGCAGUGGUCAAGUUGGAACAAUUAAUUUUUGUCAGCUAGAAGAAUCCAUCAAUAAGUGGACUUUAGAAUUAGAGGAGCAGGAAAAGGUGUUUGUGAAUCAGGCAACGCAGGUUAAUGCCUGGGACAAAUUACUCAUAGCCAACGGCGAGAAAAUCGUUACUUUAAAUCAGGAAGUAGAAAGAGUCAAACAAGAACAGCAACAAUUGGAACAUGAACUCGACUAUGUGGUUGGUCAGCAGAAAGAAUUGCAGGACUGCCUCGUGCCUCUUGAAAAGGAACUUUCUCAGCUCUCAGUGUCAGAUCCGGAACGAGAAUACACUUACCGUCUUGCUGAAAGCUUAGACACUCAACUCAAACAAAUGUCUGAAGAUUUGAAAGAAAUUAUUGAACAUUUGAAUGAAGCAAAUCGGGCUCAAGAUUCGAGUGAUCCUAUUGUUCAGAUUGGAAAGAUACUAAAUGCUCACAUGAACAGCUUGCAGUGGCUUGAUCAACGUACUAAUCUUCUAAGUCAAAAAAUUCAGCAAAUCGAUCAAAUGCACCAAAACUUCCGCCAGGAGAAUGAACGAAGUUUCAGUUUAGCUUACAACUAAUUUAAAAUGGUAAAUCACAAAUGUAAAAUUAAAAAUAAGGUUUUGAAUAAUGUUGACGAAUUAAUAAAUAAAAAAUAUAUUUUUUAUUUUUA